CCAUGGCAAUAUAGCAUGCUUUAUAUAGCUCUAAAUUUUAAUUCUUGUUUUUUUUUAACAUCCAAACACAAAUCUAAAUUGCAAACAUGUUAAGCAGGGCAUCUUACUCUCAUCAUCAUCUCCCCUCCAUUGCAAUAUCAUCAUUCUCACUCUCAAUUUUCCCACUUUCUUCUUCUAAAAACCCUAAAAAACUUCAAUUCAAAAGCAUCAAUUUCACUACUACUUCAUCAAUUUCCUCGACUUUAUUCAAUUCUUCAAAGUUUUUUUCCCGCAUUUCCUCAAGUCUUUCUGUUCCUUCACCUCUCGGUUGGUUCAACUCUAACCUAACAAUGAUGGGUCCUUCUUCUUUCAAAGCAUUUAGUUCUGGAAGUUACUCCACUGGUGAUAGGGAAAUAUUGGUGCAGCACUUGCUUGUUAAAGAAAAUGACCUGAAUCUUCUAGUGGAACUUCAGAAAAGGAUUGCAGGAGGGGAGGAUUUGAGUGGUCUUGCUGUGGAAUACUCUAUUUGCCCGUCAAAAGAAGAUGGUGGCGUUCUUGGUUGGGUCCGAAGAGGACAAAUGGUACCAGAAUUUGAAGAGGCUGCAUUUUCUGCACCACUGGACGCAAUUGUUAGAUGUAAAACAAAAUUUGGAUGGCACUUGCUGCAAGUCUUAUCUGAGAGGGAACAAUUGUUGCUUGGUGAAAUUCAACCUGGUGAGCUGCAUGAGAGAUUGCACGAUCCCAGUUUUACAGAAGAGGCACAGCUGAUUGAUGUUCGAGAGCCAGAGGAAGUUGCUAGAGCAUCUUUACCAGGUUUUCAAGUUCUUCCUCUUCAGCAGUUUGGAAGCUGGGGACCAGAGAUAACGACCAAGUUUGAUCCUGAAAAAGAUACUUAUGUUAUGUGCCACCAUGGAGUGCGGUCAUUGCAGGUUGCUAGAUGGUUGCAGACACAGGGAUUCAAGAAAGUGUUCAAUGUAGCUGGUGGUAUUCAUGCUUAUGCUGUGAAUGUUGAUCCUUCAGUUCCAACUUAUUAGGAAACUAAGAAGUAGCAGUAGCACAACCAAAGGAUUAUCCAGGAUUUAGUUUUCGACUUGCACAUCUGCUCGCCUAGCAUGCUAAGUUAGUGUGUCGACCGAGCUCCAUUUUUAUGGAGCUGAAAUUGUUGGUGGAAUUUUUUUGGCCUCCCUUUUGCUUUAUCUAGCCAUUGGUAUAGUGUAGUGUCAUGAAAUUGUAUGAUGACAUUGGAGAUAUGCAUAUAUAAUAUAUAAUAUAUAUAUAUAUA